AUGGCGAAAGAAGUUCUGCUAAAUGGCCCUUCAGAUGUUCUGAUGCAGGUAAUUAAUACAAAACACAAGACACAAGGGAAACAAAACAUAAAAACAACAGGGAAAACCUCAGGCAGAACCAGGAACCAAAACCGGGAAGAACCAGGAACCAAAACCGGGAAGAACCAGGAACCAAAACCGGGAAGAACCAGGAACCAAAACCGGGAAGAACCAGGAACCAAAACCGGGAAGAACCAGGAACCAAAACCGGGAAGAACCAGGAACCAAAACCGGGAAGAACCAGGAACCAAAACCGGGAAGAACCAGGAACCAGGCAGACUACAGAGUCAUGGUGAACACAACUACACAUUAAUCCUUAAAACCAAAAACUGGACUGAGGCUCAGGAGUACUGCAGAGAGAAUCACACUGAUUUAGUCACUAUUAGAAAUGAAUUUGAGAAUGAACAGGUGUAUAACGCAGGAAUAAUAAGUAAAAAUCCCUUCUGGAUUGGCCUCACGUAUAAUCAAUUAAUACAACUAUCAUGGUUUGAUGGAGGACAGACUGGCUACAGUAACUUUACAACCUCCACAAUCAGGGAAGACACAAUGUUUACUUAUCUUAAUGUUAAUGGGUCCUGGACCCACAGUAACACAUCUGAGAAUGCAUCUGCUCUGUGCUAUGAAAGCUUUGUUCAUGUGAGUAAAGCUAAAAUGUCCUGGGAGGAAGCUCUUGAUUACUGCAAAGAUUCUGGGUUACUGCGCAUCGAAUCAGAGAAGGAUCAGAAUGACACAGAGCGAGAAUUACAAAGACAGAAGAUUUCUGGUCCAGUGUGGAUCGGGCUUAGACAGAGUCGACUUUUUGGUUUCUGGAUUUGGGUCAACGGGCUUAAUAUGGGAAAGUGGACCAACUGGAAAGGAGACCAUCAACCAGAACAUCAGACAUCUCAAUACUGUGGUGCCAUGGAGAAGGUGAAUAAUAAAUUCAAGUGGUCUGAUAAAGACUGCAGCUCCACAUUUAGAGUUUUAUGUGAGAGGAGGUAA